AAUAAACACAAGGGAAAUCAUUAUCUCCUUCCACAUGAGAUAAGAACUUUUUCCUACACAAAUUCGUUUUCCGUGCCAAUUAAUUUUUCUUUUCUUUUUUAAUUUAAAAUGUGGGACCCACAUUUAACUUAUCUCUACUUUUUUUCUCUCCUACUAUCCUAACAUAAGAAAAUAUGCACCCUAAACACAAAGGAAGGUAACAAACAAAGAUCACAGGAACAGAAGAGAACCACUCUCCUUCUCUUCUACAAUGAAAACCCAUCAACCAAAGCUGAAGACCCAACUAUUCUCAUGCGGGUUCUUUGGCCACUGCGCUCAAAACGUUCUGAGCCCAACGGGUGCCACCCCACCACUCCCUCUCACUCCUCCUCGCUUGUUGAAACCAGAUUGUGACUCCUCCACCUCAUCCUCUUCUUCCGCCACUUCUCAAAGCUUCACACAGUGGAGAUUCUCUCUCCCCACCCCCAACACAAACACAAACACAGACACAGACACAAAAACAAACACUUCCGCUUCCACUCCUCAACAAACACUCGACCUACAAGAACUGUUCCACGUGUCGGAGCUCCAGCUCAGCACCGACCUCACUGCUGCACUCCACCUUCUAGAACGUUCUCUCGUUCCCAACCCACCACAAGAGCAACCACCUUGCCCGCCAAACCUAAUGCGCGAGCUCCUCCGAAAUCUCAGGGAAGCGAAGCCCGCGACCAAGAUACUCUUCGCGCUUUGCUUGUCGGAGGCAAACCGCCGCGUCGCCGUCGAAGCCGGUGCCGUCGGCGCCGUUGUUGAGUCCGCGACGGAGCUGGAUGGCCCGCCGGCGGAGAGGGCUCUUGCCGCGCUGGAGCUCAUGUGUACGGUGGCGGAGGGGGCGGAGGAGGUGAGGGCCCACGCGCUGGCUGUGCCGGUGAUGGUGACCAUGAUGGGCAAGACGGGGGCGCGUGGGAAGGAGUACGCCAUCGGGGUGCUGGGGGUGAUGUACGGCGGACCGGUGGCGGAGCAUAUGACGGCUCCGCCGGAAGAGGUGGCGCGUGCGGUGGAGCUGGCGCUGCAAGAGGAGUGCUCCGCCAGGGGCAGGAGGAAGGGGGCACAGCUGUUGAAGACACUGCAACAGCUUUCUGAGCCUCAACCUCAUCCACACGACGCAAAUUGAAGGCUUUGCCUCUUUUUUAUUUUCUUUUUUAUAAACCGUUUUUUAUUUUGAUUUGUUGUUGUUGUACUGGUUAGUGCUUGUUUUCGUUUGUGAUUGUGGACCUAUUUUUCCAACUCCAUCUUUAUAAUUUAUCGGUCAUUAACACCUUUGUUCUAUCUUUGUCA